AUGAGCAUGUACGGCUCGAUGGAGGAGAGCAAGCCGGCCGCGGCGCCGGCGCUAGGCCCCGCGGAGAUCAAGUUUGUCAGAAAAAUGAUGGCGACAUCGACCGGCGACGACGACCGGCCCGCGGGCCUCUUGCAUGAGCCGCAGGAGCUGUCGACGUCGACGCUCGCGAAGCUCGAUGAGUGAGGCCGGUCGGCGCGCGCGCGCCCUGUGCCCGGACAUGUGCGGGUGCCAGUUUCCGUUUGCUGCAAACGCGCUCACUGAUCCCAAAGAUGGAUGCUCAGUCGAUGCGGCCCCGACGUAUUUCGAUCACCUCAGGCAGAUUCCCUGCAAAGACGUUUCUGCCGAAGGCGAUGCCUACGACGCCUACAUACAGUACGAUAUGGAGCAAGAAAGCGGUGUUCGGAGUAACGCGACUCGAUGGUCCAUGUUUCAAAGUUUCCUGGAUAUUUGGGAAGACGCCAACGCGGAUUUACCGCUUGUAAAGCAGUUUGAGAAUUAUCAAGACAUCAAGUACCUACGGAUUUACGGCUGCCGCUACCUACGGGAUCCCUCCCUCUGGGACUCGUUGGAUUCGUACGAGGCGUGGCAGGCCGAUGCUCGAAGCAACCUGACCGUGAGACCGCCCUACUGGCUUGGAAGGAAUCUCUGUGUCCGGGGAAGCAGCCACAAGCAGUUGUCCCUAUUUUGUCCGGAAGCUUGCGGCUGCCACCGCGGCGACCAGGACUGCCCGUUGACGUGCCCCGAGCGCGACGCGACGACACCGACCUGCCCUGCGCAUCAGGAAAAGAUUUUCGUGAUGGAGGGCAAAGAUGCGAUGUGGGAGGGAUAUUCCUGUCCGCGCCGUCCUCAGGCGCAUAGUUCUGAUGUGGGCUUUUCGGCUCAAGAUCUCCUGUCGCCGCGGCGGCUGCCGCCGACGAAUUGCGCGGCGGCGAGCACGGGCGCCUGUCUCGAGAACGGUGGUGUCGACCCCGACUGCUGCGCUCCAUGCGGCGAGGGGAGCUGCGCGCCCGGAUAUACCUACGCCGGUCAGUUCAGAUUCGAAACCAAGAUGCUCUGGUCGACGUAUCCAGAUUUUGACCCUGUGUGCAGCCACGGUAACGUCGAAUGGGGUUGCGGCAACACGUGCUGCGUGCCGGUUGACACGAAUGAGACCGCGCGGGCAGCCACCGGUGGUUAA